AUGGCCUUCAGAGGCCUUACGACAUUGUGGGUGCGGCCAGUGUGCGACGUUGAUAGUGAAAUAGUCGAGGUCGACUCUGAUUGCACCAUAGCAGGCUGGACCAACAUGCAGGAAGAAGAAAAAUAUGACCAUCUCCAGCAAUCAUCGUUGAAGACAAUCUCGUGUACCUCUAUAAACAAGGACAGUCAAUUGUGUGUUGACAGUGAUCACGCUGAGAAGAGCCUUCCUGGGACUCCACUCAUGUGCCGCAGAGGAGAGGAGUGGCACCUACGUGGUGUAUCGUCAGGUGGAUACACUGAGGAAAACCAAAAGAGAAUCUUCACUAGAAUCGCUCGGUUUAAUCAAUGGAUUGAAAAUCGUCAAAGUUAUACGAACAUGAAUUUCACAAAUGGUCCAAAGCCCCGGUGUGCAAUAGGAACCUGCUUUUCGUCGCUUGGAUCUUGCCAGUCGGUCGUCGAGCGCUGCAACUCGCAGGUUGAUUGUUUAGACUUGCAAGAUGAGUCUCAAUGUGUUAGGUCUCUUGUUCCUUUACCGCAAGAACAAGAAAUUGAAAACCAAGCUUCAGGUUCUGAUAGAUUACCAAUACAAGGACAAAAUCCUGCUGAGGCAGCUGUAGCGCAACUCCUGUCAGGAUUAAGCACACCUGCUGGAGGUUCUUUAGGGGGAAGCGAGGAAAAACCAAUUAGCGAUGUGGUGGGUUCCAAUGCAUCGGAGCCUCUUUGUAAGGGAGAGGAUUUUAGCUGUCAGUUCAUCCCAGAAUGUAUCCCGUUGCGGGAAAGAUGUGACGGGAUUCCCCAGUGUCGCGACCAAUCAGACGAGCACAGUUGUUCAUGCCUUGACAGACUUCGCGUUGUAAAACCUGGUCUAGAAAACGAUGGAUAUUACGACUGUUUCGAUGGAAGCGACGAAUUUGUCAAAUUAUGCCAAGGCUUCAUGUGUGAAACGAGCAGGCAGUGUAUAGCCAUGGCUAAGGCAUGUGAUGGUGUGGUUGACUGCCAGUUUGGUGAGGAUGAAAUUAACUGUAUUGGCCUUGUGUCUGCAACUCGCCCCCCUUCAUUGAGUGGGUUGCUGGACAUGUCAGAGCAGCGGAGUCCAAUUGGGAUGUUGAUGCGUAAAGAAGGCACUUCAUGGAGGCCAGUUUGUCUCGAAGGUGUUAGUACCGAAUUGGUUAAAGAAAUCUGCCCGUAUCUCGGAUACAGUUCUGACCCAAUAGAAACCAGCCAUAACACAACGGAGCCCAUAAACAUUCUAUAUGAAACCGAAACGAGGUGGCCACGUACCAAUCAAAGCACAAUCAACUUUCCGGAUAAUCUGAGAGAUGAACUUCCUUACUGGCGGGAUGAAGCCGAGGUGCCAGACAAGAGCGAUGGGGAUCAGGCAGAAAGCCAUGGCUUUCUAAGGCUCUUGCAGGAUGUCAUACAAAAAGGAUCUAAAGAUCGGUGUAAGAGCGAAGUUAGAUGUGGUGAGGAACUGUGCGGGAUUGUUCCUCGCUUCUUGUUCACACAGGACAUUCCUGUCUGGAAGCUUGGUGGUGUACCAUGGGCAGGAGCGGUUUAUGUGAAUGGUCACUAUAAAUGUGGAGCUACCCUUGUCCAGCCUUCCUGGGUUAUGACCUCAAUUGAGUGCAUGUCUCAAGUUGACCUCACCAAGUCUCGGGUGACUGUUGUAAUGGGCUCCUGGAGGAAAACCGGGAAACCAACCCGUCUGUGGAGUGCUUAUGAACAUGAACGUCGCGUGGACUACAAGACGACCGUAUCAACUUCAGAUAUAAUGCUACUUCACCUUCAGGAAAGGAUGCCUAAAUCACAUUAUAUAAAUCAUUUGUGUUUACCAAACAGUUUGCCGGAUGUACAACCAAACAGUUCUUGUGUCAUUGCUGGUUUGUCUGAAGAUGAUGAUCGCCUCUCACUCGGGAUAAUUUUGCACACUACUGAAAAUUGCACCGACCAUGAAAUUUGUAUUACAGACAAUCUAGACAAAGCUCCCUGCAUGUCCUCAUGGGCUGGUGUAAUUGCCUGUAAGACCGAUUCGGGAACAGGUUCCGUGUGGACAGGUAUGGGCAUGUGGUCCCAUGGGACAUGCGAUGGGAAUAGCAAGCAGCCCAUCCGUCAUUUGUUAUUUACAAAGGAGAACCUAAAUACCAUCUUCAGAAUCUUAGCCACCCCGGACGUGAGUAUACCAAAAGUACCAGACCUCUGUGAGAGUGACACAUGUCCAACGGGUGUCUGUAUUGGACAGGAGAUGAUGUGUGAUAUGAAGCUAGACUGCCCUGACCUUGCUGACGAGCUUCCAACCUGCCCUGCACAUCUCUCUCUCUGUACCCCUAACAACGAAAUGCAAACUUGUGUUUGUGAAGAUGGAAUGAUGCAGUGUCCUGACAAGGUUUGCGUUCCUUUCGACAAAGUGUGUGAUGGCAUCUCACACUGUCUUGACGGUUCUGAUGAAGUGAACUGCACAUGCAUUGAGCGGCUGCGACGUGGUGACAGAAGGAAAGUGUGUGAUGGAAUUAUAGACUGCAAUGACCAGGAAGAUGAGAAAUACUGUGGCUGCUCUGAACCCUCAAAAUUUCGAUGUUACAAUUCGUCCUCACAGACGUGCAUUGAUGAUGAACUCGUGUGUGAUGGCAAGAGGGAGUGUGAGAAUGGAGAGGAUGAAAAUCACUGCAUAGCUUUGUCACCUUCGGUAUUUGUUUCCGAGACGGUUCUAGGUAUUGGAUCUGCUUUUCGUAAUGAGAAAACAUACUGGGCUGGCUUGAAGGCAGAGAGGAGAGGAGCAGAAGGCACCUAG